AUGGUGGUCAUGAAGAAGAAAAUUCACGCCGUUCAAGCCAGCGGAUCGGUGCGCCGCUUAACCAUCGUCGGAAAAUAUGUUGCAAACACGUGUGCGCUGGCGACAUCGAUCGCAAUCCGGCUAAAAAUGCGGCUCCUUCAUGCCCCAGUCCUUAUCAGCCUUGUCGCCGGGGCCGACCUGUGGAACGAUGAUAUGCAGGAGUUUGCUAUAGGCGACAUUCCGGAAGAAUGGGUUCCGUACGCUUCGACUAACAUUUGUGAUUUCCAAGGGCGCUGGCAGCUCAUGUUAGAAGAAUCUGAUACGUUGGAUUCUAUUCUUACGGGUUUGCAGUUUGGCUGGUUCAAGAAAAAAGCUUUGCGGAACUUCGCCCCCACGACGUUUAUCAAAAUGACAGACGAAAGUUGCUACGCGAACCGGGAGCAGUAUGAGGACGCGCUUAGCUUGGUUGAGCCGUUCAUCCCCGAGGAUGGUGACGAAGUUUUUGCAGAGAGCAUUCACACUUUGGAAACGGAUGAUGGCGAAGCGGUAAUCCAUUGGGACGAUCUGGAUAAGAUUGACUUGCAGCUGGUGGGUAUGGGUACUCAGGCCGAGACGGGUUACCGCGAUCCCCCGCUGUAUAUGCACAUGAAAACCCUGUUCCCGUGGCACAACGUGAAAGAAGGCGUUGUUUCUGUCGAUGGCCCUCCUUUCGAGCACAAAGACUCUGACACGGGAGCAUGGCGGUCCGCAGUAACCUUCAAGAACGGCCGCAUCUACCAGAAGCGGACCUCAGCUGAGUACGGCAACAUGUAUGACAUCCGGGCCAUCUUCGUCCCGAGAGCCACCGAGUCCGUACUGGCUUCCUCCCUAACUCCUGAGUCGGCCGCAGCGGACGCAGCUGCAGAGGACGAGACGGCCUUUGGACUCGACCUUGUCUCGGAAGCCACGUCCGCUACAGCGAACGGCGAGGAGAUGGAGGGUGAAGCGGCAGCCCGCGACGGUCUCGACCCGCGCACCUGGCAAGGCGAACCCUUGAUGCUGUUCAAGUGGACCCUGGUCGGACACGACGGCCAGGUGUACCAAGCCGUGAGGUGGAAUCGGAAGGUCUCAGCAUCCGCCGACGACUAA